GUGCAACGGGAUGUGAUGGCUAUUUAAACCAGUUUCCCACCUUGAGCCCUGCACAGAGAUUCUGUUUGAGAUAUUUUGUGUACCACAGCUCCGAGGCCAGCACCAGACUCUUCAAAAUGAGUGACAACAACCCCGUUAAUGACGAAGUGCAGAAAUUUGACAAGAGAUGUCUAAAAAAGACAAACACAGCGGAGAAGAACACCCUGCCGACUCAAGAAGAUAUUGAGCAAGAAAAGAAGGCUGGAGAUGGAGCGAAAUGAAUCCUGCCACGCAUCUGCCAUUACAUCCUCACGCUCCCCGUCCCGACCCCCGGACGUCUGCUCUACUCCUGCAUAUCAGAUCACUUUUAAAUUGAAUGGCCUUUUUAAAAACGACGAGAAUCAUGUAUUAAUUGAACCUGUGGAUAUGUUCGAUCUUUUUAACAUGUGUUAUUUAGAGAGGAGAUCUGGGCUGUUAAUGAGCACAUAUCUGUAUCCGUCAUUACCAACUAAUGACUGCCCACAUCAAUCCGGUGCCAUUCUGCAUUCUUUAAAUGACAUGUGAUAUGAUAUUUUUGUUUAAUAAAAAAUGGUAAAAAGUU